AUGUUCAAGUUUGCCGCUCUAUUGGCUUUGGCCUCUUUAAUCCCUGCCUUUGUCCAGGCAGCAAGCCCCGUCUACGGCCAAUGUGGUGGUCAAGGCUGGAGUGGUGACACAACUUGCGCUUCUGGCUCGACUUGCGUUUACUCUAACCCAUACUACUCGCAAUGCUUGCCCGGUGCAGCGAGCUCUUCGUCUACUCCAUCCAGCACCUCAAAACCAACAACAACCACCGUCAAGCCAACAUCGACUAGCAGUGGAGGAGCUACAUCUCCCACUACCACCCCGGAUGCCGGAAACCCUUUCGUUGGAUACGACAUCUACCUGUCGCCAUACUACGCUGCUGAAGUCCAAGCAGCAGCAGCCCUCAUCACCGACUCCACCCAGAAGGCAAAGGCUUUGUCCGUUGCCAACAUUCCAACCUUCACCUGGUUUGAUGUGGUCGCGAAGGUUCCUCAGUUGGGCACAUAUCUAGCUGAUGCCAGUGCCAAAGCCAAAGCUGCUGGAACCAAGGCUUUGGUUCAAAUUGUCGUUUACGAUCUUCCAGAUCGUGACUGUGCUGCCCUUGCAUCCAACGGAGAAUUCUCAAUCGCCAACAAUGGUCUUGCCAACUACGAGAACUACAUUGACCAACUUGUUGCCCAGAUCAAGCAAUACCCUGAUGUCCGUGUUGUCGCUGUUAUCGAACCCGACUCGUUGGCCAAUUUGGUCACCAACCUCAACGUGGCCAAGUGUGCUAAUGCCCAAAGUGCCUACAAAGCUGGUGUUACUUAUGCUAUGCAGCAACUCAACACCGUGGGCGUCUACAUGUAUCUUGAUGCUGGUCACGCUGGAUGGCUCGGAUGGCCUGCCAACUUGACACCUGCCGCUCAAUUGUUCGGUGAUCUCUACAAGUCUGCCGGCUCUCCUAAAUUCGUUCGUGGAUUGGCUACUAACGUUGCCAACUACAACGCUCUCUCCGCUGCUUCCCCAGACCCGAUUACCCAAGGAAACAACAACUACGAUGAGCUCCAUUACAUCAAUGCUCUCGCCCCCAUGCUUAGUUCCGAAGGCUUCCCUGCCCACUUCAUCGUUGACCAGGGACGCUCCGGUGUUCAGAACAUCCGCUCUCAAUGGGGUGACUGGUGCAAUGUUAAGGGUGCCGGUUUCGGAACCCGUCCUACGACCAACACAGGAUCCAGUCUCAUUGAUUCUAUCGUCUGGGUCAAGCCUGGAGGUGAAUGCGACGGAACCUCGAAUACCUCAUCUCCCAGAUACGAUGCUCACUGCGGUCUAUCUGAUGCUGCCCAGCCAGCGCCUGAAGCAGGUACCUGGUUCCAGGACUACUUCGCAACCUUGGUCAAAAACGCCAACCCAGCUCUCUAA